GUAAACCGGAAGUUCUUCUUUUAACUCCUGCGCGUGUGCGUUGUGCAGUUUGUUUAACAAAGUUCAUAAAUGUGCGCCUCCCUGUCUGUCCUUGGAUCGUGGGUUAAAUAGAGAGCGAUGGCCGGUCCGGAGCUCCUGCUGGACUCCAGCAUUCGGAUGUGGGUGGUCCUGCCCAUUGUGUUCGUCACCUUCUUUGUUGGGGUCAUCCGACACUAUGUCACCCAGCUGCUCCACAGCGACAAGAAAGUCAACCUGGAGCAGGUCUCUGACAGCCAGGUGCUCAUGCGCAGCCGCAUCCUCAGAGAGAACGGAAAGUACAUUCCCCGACAGUCCUUCGCCAUGAGGAAACAUUACUUCAACGACGCCGAGACCGGCUUCUUCAAGAACGUCAAGAGGAAGGUUGUCCCCAAGAACCCAAUGACAGACUCGAGCAUGAUGGUAGACAUGAUGAAGGGAAACCUGACCAACGUCCUGCCCAUGAUUGUGAUUGGUGGAUGGAUCAACUGGGCUUUCUCUGGAUUCGUCAUUACUAAGGUGCCGUUCCCGUUAACGCUGAGGUUCAAGCCGAUGUUGCAGAGAGGGAUCGACCUGCUGUCGCUGGAUGCCUCAUGGGUGAGCUCGGCGUCCUGGUACUUCCUGAACGUGUUCGGGCUGAGGAGCAUGUACAGCCUGAUUCUGGGUCAGGAUAACGCUGCUGACCAGUCCCGGAUCAUGCAGGACCAGAUGACAGGCGCUGCCAUGGCGAUGCCCCCUGACCCCAACAAGGCCUUCAAGAGCGAGUGGGAGGCGCUGGAGAUCGUGGAACAUAAGUGGGCGCUGGAGAAUGUGGAGGAGGAGCUGAUGUCCAAAGACCUAAACUUUGGGGGCUUCUUCAGCCAGGACAUCAAGUCUGCUGUAUUCUAGGACCACGAGGACGCGCUGGAAUCCCGGGGGUGUUCCUGAACCGCCCUGCUCUCCCCUGCUCUCCUGAAGGCUCCGGGAUAGUUUUCACAGCGCAGGAUUUAAACAGAGAAUUAUUUUUAUGGAGCUGCCUCUGAAAUCGUCUCUUUGCUGCCUCGGGCACUUCGCUCACUCUCAGCUUUUGUACGUUUCCUGGAGUUCCAGCCAGGCUCCGGAUCUUCCCUGGGUUGUUGUUAGUUUAUAUUUGAGAAAAAUCUAAAAGAAAAGAUUUUAUUUGUACUUGAGAUUUUACUUUGAAAUGAUGUUUGUGUCGUGGGUGUUUAAGUUACACAUUUUUACAUCUAAAUUCAGUGAUUCAAGUCCAAAUCCAUUACACAGGAAGUAGUGACUUCGGACACAGAUCGGAGCUUUAAAAUCCUCCACACCGGCAGGCUGAGCACCUGCCGAGAUCCGAAACGUUUCUCCGGAGCAACGCUGGAAACCGAAGCAUCGUUUUAAAAAAACGGCUGGAACGUUUUCAACAGGACGAAGCGGGCGAAGGCUUCAUGUCGUCCCGCAGGACGUUUUGGAUGUACUCUGUAUGCUGUGGUGUGAAGCAUGGAGUGAGUGAAAUAAAGGUGCCAU